AUGUGGAAACUCCAUUUAUCGUGGGAUGAGAUUGCUAACAAAUGGAAGAUUUUCCGAAAUGAUUUACAUCUUAUUCAACAAUUAAAAAUACCGAGAUUUGUUUUGAUUCCUGACGUGAACUAUAUUUAUAUCUGUGCUUUUUGUGAUGCCUCCGAGAAAGGCUACUGUGCAGCAAUUUAUUUGCGUUCAGUGUCACGUAAUUUGGACAUCAAAGUAACACUCUUAACAUCAAAAACAAGAGUUGUCCCUAUGAGAGUGCAAUCAUUACCUCGAUUAGAGUUAUGCGCCGCAGUUUUGUUAGUGAAUUUGCUUAAAUCAGUGUUAGAACAUUUAGAGUUUCCUAUACGUAAAGUUUUGGCCUGGACAGAUUCAACUGUUGUACUGUCCUGGAUUUCUGCAGAACCAUACCGUUGGGUUCCCUUUGUUGCAAACCGCGUUGCUAAAAUACAGAAUACAAUUCCUAAUGUAAGGUGGAACCAUAUCAAUGGAAAGCGGAGCCCAACCCAGCUGAUUCAGGUACAAGAGGAAUGUUUCCAGCAGAAUUUCUGA